AUGCAGACGGCGCGCGGCAGCUCCGUCCGCUCGGAGCCCUCUGAUAUCGGUGAUGCGUCUCUCUCGACACCCCACUCUCUCGCCCGCGCCCUCACCCUCCGACGAUCCGAGUACAUGGGGCAGCGCCAGCUGCGGGUCAAGAUUGGCUCCUGGAACACGGCGGGUUGUCCCGGCACCGACAGGGAUGUCGGCAGUUGGUUCUUUCGCGAUCAAGGCCUGGCACGGGAUUUCUCCAACUUGACAAUUUCAUCCGCGAAAGCCGACGAGCCAAACGACACUGGCGCGAUUGAUCUCUACGUCCUCGGCCUGCAAGAGGUUGUCGACCUCAACACCACAAAAGAAUACGUCAGCCGAGUCUACGCCGAGAGCAAUAGCCAGAUUACAAAAUGGAGGUCUGCUGUAGAAGCCGCAAUCCCCGCAGGCUACGAGUUUCUUUCGGCCGACCAAAUGGUUGGCCUGUUGACCCUGGUUUACGCUUCGACCGACACUGCCAAGCACAUCUCCAACGUCAGCACACAGCAGAUUGGCACCGGCCUCCUGGGCUACUUCGGAAACAAAGGCGCCGUCGCGACGCGAAUCGUCUUUGGCGAAACCACCCGCAUGGUCUUUGUCAACUCCCACCUGGCUAGUGGUGCAGGCCCGAGCUACCUUGACCGUCGCUGCUGGGACGUCGCCCAGAUUGCCUCCAAGAUGCAGUUUGACCCGGUGGUGAAUAACGGCGUCGCCGAGGAUACCGGCGAUCGGUUCGGAGACGAAGACUUUACCUUUUGGCUUGGUGACUUGAACUUUCGACUUGGGAGCCUACCUGGCGACGACAUCCGAAGGAUUUUAACGCUACAUACGCGCGGCGAGUAUGACGUCGGAAGCGACAAGCCACAAAAGCCCCUAGACGGUGAACCCUUUAUCAUCAUGAACGAUGUCGACAGCGACGAGGAGACGACGACGGCUUCCUCAUUCAGCCACAGCAGAGAGCAAAGCUUCGAUUCAGAAACGUCGUUACCCGAUCCAGACGACUUCCCCCAAGAUCCUAGCCAAGAUCCAGCCUCAUUGCAGGCGACACUGGAUUCCUUGUUGCCUCAUGAUCAACUACGUCAGGUCAUUGCUCGCCGCAAAGCAUUCCACGAGGGAUGGAAAGAAGGCCCAAUCACGUUUUUGCCCACGUAUAAAUACGACGUUGGCAGUGUGGCCCUCUUCGAUACAAGCGAAAAGCGCCGAGCGCCCAGCUGGUGUGAUCGCAUACUCUACCGAACUCGUCAGUACAAGGAAGAGUAUGAAAGAAAGAUGUUGGAUGAAGAGGCUGCCAAGAAGAAAGACGAGGAGAUGAAAUCUCGCGGAAUGGAAAGCGAUGACGACGUGCUAUUUAGCUAUGACCCGGAUGAAGAUGGGGGUGAGCAGGAGCCAGUGUCGUCCACCGACACAGGCUAUCAAUAUGACGAAUACGACGAGAACGAUGACCAGCCUGAUCCUGCAAGUACGGUCAAGGAGCGGGCUAACCUUGAAUUCUAUACUUCUUAUCAGCGAGUCACUUCUUCCGACCACAAGCCCCUGUCGUCCGUCUUUACGCUUACGUGCGACUGCGUGAUACCGGAAGAAAAGGCCAAGGUCCAUGCCGAGGUGGCGCGCCAACUUGACCGCGCAGAAAACGAGGGCCGCCCCGUGAUAACCCUCGUCCUUGAAGGAGACGCGACACAAGACACCAACGUUGUGGACCUGGGAGGGCUCAGCUUCCUCGCGAGGAAGAGCAACUCCAUCACCAUUGCCAACACGGGCGGGGUGCCAGCGACCUUUUCAUUUAUCGACAGACCGGCCAUGGACGACUCUGACAGCGGCACACACUUUUACGAGUGGCUGGCGGCAUCGUUCGUCAAGUCCGACGGCAGCGGCGAGGUGGUUGGGCCGAACGUCAUGCUCGAGCCCGGGGAGACGGUGACGGCGGUCCUCGACGGCCAGGUGUCUUCGAUUCCGUUCCUGCGAGCCCUAAACGACGGACGCGCCUUGCUCGAGGAAGUGCUCGUUCUCCGCGUGGACAACGGCCGAGACCACUUCAUCACUGUGCGCGGCCAGUGGCUGCCGAGCUGCUUCGGACGGUCCAUCGACGAGCUCAUCCGCGUGCCGGAGGGUGGUAUCUGCCGUUUCCUGGAGGACAAGGACAUCUGCGGCGCGAUCCCCUACGACGCUGCCGUCCACUGCUCCGCGCCGCGCGAGCUGUUUAAGCUGACCGAGGCCGUCCAGGCGCUCGCCGAGCGCUGCGCCGCCGACGCCGACAUGCUGGGGGACACCGCGUCGCCGCCCACCACCGCCGGCUGGCCAUUUGACCCAGGUGCGUGCGCCCUCGGCGCUGACGAGAAGCAGGCGGUGCACGCGCGCAUCGUCGCCGCUCUAGACACGGACGCCGCCGUCGCCGACGUCCUCCCCGCCGAGCUGGCCCCGCCCAACCGGCUGGAGCUCGUCGCCUCCGCACUCCUGCUCUUCAUCGCCUCGCUCACCGACGGGCUCGUCCCUGCACACGCGUGCGCCCGACUCGCCACCGCCCUACCCACCACCGCCACCCUCCCGCGCAGCGACGCCAAGGUCGCCGUGCUCGACGUCCUCUCCGCCUCGCCCAACCACAGCAUCGCCCUUGUCCUGCUCACCUCCACCCUCGCGCGCGUCGCCUCGGAACUCACCCCCGCCACCCCAACCGGCCUGCAGCGGCGACUGAGUUUCCGCAGGGGCGCGCCGGCGGCAGCGGAGGGGAGACGCAGGCGGUACGCGGAGGUGCUGGCGCCGCUAGCAUUCCGCAGCGGCGCGGACGGUGGCAGGGACAGGGCGGCGAGGGAGAGGGAGCGCGCGACGCUGGAGCUGUUCCUGGGCCCGGAGACGCGCGACUAG